AUGGCAUCACGCUUCCUAGCAGCAGCGUGUCACGUUUCGUCAAUCACACUGUCAGCUGCGAAGACCACUGAAAAAUGCAUCUCCUUCAUCAACCAAGCAGCCAAGAACUCCGCUGACCUCGUCGUCUUCCCGGAAUCGUAUAUCCCAGCCUUCCCAGUCUGGAGCGCAAUCCAAGCACCGACUCAGAACCAUGUCUUCUUCGAGCGGAUGGCAAAGGAAUCUAUCUACAUUGACGGCGAGGAAAUGCACGCGAUUCGCGACACCGCGAAGCAGACUGGAACUGUGGUCAGCGUUGGAAUAUCAGAGAAAGUUCGGUACAGCACCGCGACAAUGUUCAAUUCCAACAUCAUCAUCAGCUCGGAUGGAGAGAUUCUCGUUCAUCACAGGAAGCUGAUGCCGACGUUUUUCGAGAAGUUGACAUGGUCACCUGGUGACGGACACGGUCUUCGCGUUGCCAAUACGCGCUUUGGGAAGAUCGGAGCUUUGAUAUGUGGCGAGAAUACGAAUCCUCUUGCGAGAUAUGCACUCAUGGCUCAGGGAGAGCAAGUACAUAUAUCUACUUGGCCUGCUGUUUGGCCAACUGUUGUCCCAAGCGGCAAUCACGGAAGCAGGCCGCGCUACGACAAUGUAGCUGCGAACAAAACGCGAGCAGCAGCGCAUUGCUUCGAGAACAAAUGUUUCGGGAUUUUGUGUGCAGGCCAUCUCGAUGAGGCCGCCCUCGAAGUCAUGUCUUCUCUGACAGAGAAGCCGGGGUACAUGCACCACGGCCUCACACAAGCACCCCACGCAGUCACAUGUUUCCUGGAUCCAACAGGUGCUGCGCUGCCUGGCCAUAUCAUUGAUCCAGAAUCUGGGGAAAGGACGGAGAAAAAGGAUCUGUGUGUGGAAGAAGGCAUUUUAUAUGCCGAACUGGACCUGGAGAAGUGCGUGGAAGGGAAGCAAUAUCAUGAUGUUGUGGGUGGGUAUCAGAGGCUGGAUGUUUUCAACCUGAAGAUCGAUAGGACGAGACGGAAACCGGCGACAUUUGCCAGGAAGUUGACGACUGGAUUUUGA